GUUUCCCCCUCCAACCUCCCCCCAUCCGUCAUCCCUUGAGUUGAUCUUGGGGAUAUUCUAUCGUAUCUUUGAAUUGAACUUCUGAUUGUUCUUUUCCUUUUUAACUUUUUGCAACCUCUACCGACCGACACGGAAUCUUGUUCAUUUCUCACGAGACCGCCCCUCCCCCAACUGGCCCCUCCUAUUUACUUUAGCUGUGCCCACCAUGGAUAACAACAUGGAAAUCGACACGGCGCGCUCGCCUGAGCCACACCACCUCUCCCCCGUGACUGAUUCCGGCUCUAUACCGACUUUGGAUGGCUGGAUCGAGAGUUUGAUGACGUGCAAGCAAUUAGCGGAGGAGGAUGUGCGGCGGCUGUGCGAUCGGGCACGGGAAGUAUUGCAAGAGGAAUCGAACGUUCAGCCAGUGAAAUGCCCCGUGACGGUCUGCGGUGAUAUCCACGGCCAGUUUCACGAUCUAAUGGAGUUGUUCCGCAUCGGCGGUCCUAACCCCGACACAAACUAUCUCUUCAUGGGUGAUUACGUCGAUCGAGGCUACUACUCUGUCGAGACUGUGACCCUCCUGGUCUGCCUCAAGAUCCGUUACCCCCAGCGUAUUACGAUUCUUCGUGGAAACCACGAAUCCCGCCAGAUCACCCAGGUGUAUGGCUUCUAUGACGAGUGCCUGCGCAAAUAUGGCAACGCCAACGUGUGGAAAUACUUCACCGACCUUUUCGACUACCUCCCCCUCACAGCUCUCAUUGAAAACCAGAUCUUCUGUCUGCACGGUGGGCUGAGCCCGUCGAUCGACACUCUGGACAACAUUCGGUCCCUGGACCGCAUUCAAGAAGUCCCGCAUGAGGGACCUAUGUGCGAUUUGCUCUGGAGUGAUCCCGAUGAUCGUUGUGGCUGGGGAAUUUCUCCUCGCGGUGCGGGGUACACAUUCGGACAGGAUAUUUCGGAAGCGUUCAACCACAACAACGGCUUGACUCUGGUUGCUCGAGCUCACCAAUUGGUGAUGGAGGGAUAUAACUGGUCGCAGGAUCGAAACGUAGUGACCAUUUUCUCAGCACCCAAUUACUGUUACCGCUGCGGCAACCAGGCCGCUAUUAUGGAGAUUGACGAGCAUCUGAAGUACACAUUUCUACAAUUUGACCCUUGCCCCCGAGCGGGCGAACCCAUGGUAUCGAGACGGACGCCCGACUAUUUCCUGUGAUAGAUUACAUUUCCGUCCUACAAAGGGCUCGUGGGCUGGCGGAGAAAGGGGGCUGCAUACGGACAGGGCUCUCGCUGCCUCUUUAAUUUUGUAUGGUUCGAUGCCUAGCCGUCUGUUGAUACCAAUCAUGAAAAUAAAAGACCCUUUUGCGAGAUUCAGCUUUGAUCACAUCUGCAUAUAGCUGGAUGACCGGUGGUUAGACGACUGCAGUCU